UUUUUAAACUUUUACGUUUUUAAUGUCUCGAAUGUUUACGUUAACAAAAAAUACAAACAAAAAAGAAAGAAAGAAAUUAAAUUGGUGUUUGUGAAAACCUGAGCAGCCUUGGUACACUCUCUUCAGUAUUGUUUUCUAGUUCUGACAAGGUUUUGUCUUGUCCCUCAGUUCCUCAACGAGAUAUCCAUGGACGGUGUAUGAGCCAAACUUCUUGUUCUGAAUCAUGGUCUUCAACACACAUGAUUCCUCCAAACUGUUUACCGUCCUGUGUGGAACCGAGCGGCAUGAAGCCCUACAGUUGCCCUGACUGAGAGCUCCCAGCAGAGGACACUAAGCGCUACCGGACAUCAUCCAACGUCCAAUGGAACAGGUGGUGAUUCGAAGACUUCCUCCCAACUUGUCCAAAGACCAACUAGAGGAACAGCUUAGUCCUUUGCCAUCGUUUGAUUAUUUUGAAUUUUUCCCAGCUGAUCAAAGCCUUUAUCCUCAUCUGUUUUCCAGAGCGUAUAUCAAUUUUAAAAACCCAGAGGAUAUCUUGCUGUUCAGAGACCGAUUUGACGGCUAUGUCUUUAUUGACAAUAAAGGCCAGGAAUAUCCUGCAGUGGUAGAGUUUGCCCCCUUCCAGAAAAUUUCCAAGAAAAAGCUAAAGAAAAAGGAUGCCAAAGCUGGAAGCAUUGAAGACGAUCCUGAGUACAAGCGGUUCCUGGAGAACUACUCCUGUGAUGAGGAGAAGUCAAUGGCCAACCCCGAGACUCUGCUGGGAGAGAUAGAAGCCAAAACCAGGGAGCUGAUUGCUAAACGAACCACACCUUUGUUGGAGUAUAUUAAAAAUAAGAAAAUAGAAAAACAGAGAAUAAGAGAAGAGAAGAGAGAGGAGAGGAGAAGAAGAGAGAUCGAGAAGAAACGUCAGAGGGAGGAAGAAAAGAGGAAGAGGCGAGAGGAAGAGAGACGUAAACGCAAGGAGGCGGAUAAGCAAAAAAAACUGUCUGAAAAAGACAUAAAAAUCAAACUUCUAAAGAAGAGUGACAGAGAUGACGACGUGGAUUCAGACAGAAUUAAAGACAAGAGUGACACUGGGGAGAUGGACAGGGGGAAGUGGGAGAAAGCAGGAGGGCAAAUGAAGUCAAAGGACCACAAAGAAAAGGGUCAGCCUGAGAGCGACAAAGAGCAAAGAGAGCAGCAUGGACGCAGACCGAGAGAUAAAGAUCACAGAGGGAAAGACGAAGACCGGAAACGGCAGCGGCACCACUACGAGUUCGAUAAAUUCAUGCGUCGAAAGGACGAGACCAAGUGGGGCAAAGGUUACUGUCAAGACCGGGCCAAGAAAGAAGGGCACCACUUUAAUUUCUCCUACUGCCCUGACAGUGGAGACAAACCGGGGAAGGAGGAUAGGGAGGAGCUGGGUAAUAGGAAGGAACGCCUCCGAAACAAGGUGAGCGAGAAGGAUCGUCCAGCCAUGCAGCUCUAUCAACCCGGGGCGCGCAACCGCAAACGCAUGACUUCUGCAGGCAAAGGUUACGACUGCACGCCCGGUGGGCUCUCUCCUGAACUUGGGGCCAAUCACUGCUAUGAGAUUGUUACAGGGCUGGAGAAGGGCUUUGACAAAAACAAAGAUGAGCUGUGAGUGGCCACAGGAAACGCCAGCACUUUCCGAGCGAAGCUGAAGGAAAUGUGUGAAUUGACGAGGUGAUCGGUCACCUCGUGAAAGCACUUCAAAUAAAGGGAGCACUGAAUUCUCUUUUAGGUCUCGGUUUUUAUUGGAACAUUUUUGGUACAUUACGUGUUAAAACUGUGUUAAUAUGAAGCAGAAGGUAAAAUCUACUGAGAUACAAAUCCAGAUAAUUACAGUAAGAAUUGUGAUGGUACUGUGGUUAACCAGUGCAAAUCCCAGAUGUUGUGAUGUUGUUGUUUGAUACUGUGUAUUUGAUACUGUGCACCAUGUUAUUUUUAAAUGACAUUAUGCACAAGUAUUCCUUAUGAGACUGUGUGUGUUUAUAACUCACAAGGCACUGCAAAUAAAACAAAUUCAAACAUGUUUUUUAGAACCCAACCUGCCCAACUUCCAUGUCCCUUUAAUACCUCCAUUCUUCACCUACUUAUGGCAGUUUCUGGCACCAGAAUCUUGUGUUUCUGCUGAACGUUCCACAGUUCAGUCACAGUCCCUUGAACAUAACGUUGUUGACUGGCUGCGCUGUAGGAAUCGGUUCAUGUUGUACAACACUUGUAGUGAUAUUUUGAGAGAUAAAAACCCACAGCUUGACAGUCUGAUCUUAUCAAUCCUUUGUAGAUGAGGAAACUUGCUGAUGUAAAAACUGCAUGACUUGUUUUUUGUUUUUUUCAGCAGUGUAACAAGAGGUAUCUUAUCAUGUCCUCAUGUUCAUUGUGUCUGCAGUGACAGUGUACUGUGGUUUUUACUAAAUGUUUGUUGGUAGAGCUUUUAUUGAGGAGGGAUGUAAAAUAUUUAACAAUUUUGUCUAUAUUUAAGGGUCAGAGGAAGAGAUCUUAUUUAUUGAUAGGACAACGUCAACGUUUCUCCUAGGUUUUGUCAACUUAAUUAAAGGUGGCCCUUAUGUUUAUAGGAAUGUACUGUAUUUUUUGAGUUUUGAGUCUUUAAGCAUGGGCGAUCAUGUGUUACAUUUAUUUUUCAUUAAAAGGAAGUAAAGAAUUGUGUAACAAGUGAAAAACAACUUUUUGAAUCAGAGGUGACACAUCCUCAAGAAAACAAACCAGUGUAGUUGCCCUGAAGUCCCCAACACUGUGCACAACUUUGAUUGUUUCUUUAAUGACCGUCUGUUUCUUUUCACAGUCAAAUAUUUACAACAGAUCUGUAGCUUGAUUGUUGAUUGACUUACUCAAAUUGUAAGUCGCUUUGGAUAAAAGUGUCCACUAAGUGUAAUGUAAUGAAAUCUGUUCUCAAAACUAAAUUAAUUCUUAACAAGUAUAAGAUGAAAUAAAACUUUUGUUUGUACACACGUCUUGCAUACUUUGUUGCUCUUAUGUGUCACAGUAAAAUUAAGAAUGACCCAACACAUUGUAUUGUAUAUUAGAUAAAAGUUUCAAUUCUAUUUUUUAUUUUGCUCUUUAUCAGUGGUGCUUUGGCCCACAGGCAAUGUCUCUGUCAUUGGUGUGGACCCCCAGGGUUCACCUGCUGGGCAAGAGCAAGUUGGUACGGUGCUGUGUGAUUUGGGUAGUGGUCAUGGAGACUGCUGCCCCCGUGACCUGGUAACAGAUAAGCAAAUGAAAAUUGAUGGAUGGAUGGAUGCUCUUUAUAUCAAGCUGAUAUUUUUAUAUUAUAAUAUAUAUAAGAAGUAUUCUCUCCUUUCGCUGUGACAUGUACCUGACAUCACUUCUCUUGUAUAUUUUAUUGUGAAAGAAAAUAAAAAAGCACUCUAACUUUGAAAA